AUGAUUGAAGAGAUCCCGUUUGCGUUUGAACGAGACGGGUCGUCCGCAGUCUCGCCCGCGCGUUCGGGGCACGCGCACCCCCCCGCCAACGCGGCGUAUCGCCCCCGCGGCGUACGCGUAGUCAUGGCGCCGAUCGUUCUGGACGACGACAGCGACGAUGACGUCCCGCUGUUCGCGCGCCCGCGCCCGCCGAUCGCGAAAAAAGACGAGUCGUCGAGCAGCGAGCCGGAGUGGAUGAACACGUUCAAGUCCCCGGUGCAGAAGAUCGUGGACGACCUGAGCUCGGACGACGACGUCCCGUCCGCGGCGGCGAUGCGGACCGCCGGGACCGCGGCGACGCCGAAGCCGGUCGAGCCGACGAAGGCGACGACGCCGCAGAAGACGACGAUCAAAUCCCCGCCCGCGCUCGCGGAGGAGGACGCGGACGACGACGACGACGACGACGACGUGAAGGUGGAGAAGGAGGUGAAAGCGGAGGAGACCAAGCCCGCGACUACUGCCACGGCUACUACCGCGGCGACGGCGAAGCCCGCGAAGAUGCCCGGGGCCAUGGGCGCGCCGACGCCGGACCGCAUCGGGGAGAUACCGCUGCUCAUGCCGGCGACGGUGAACAGGAACAAAAUCUUCUUCGAGUGCGAGGGCGCGGGCGAGUCAGUGGACUUGGAAGGCGACGUCGGCGUCGUCGGCCGCCUGCUCUCCGACCCGUCCGCGAAGUACACGUCCGGGGUGAAGGUCGACCUCAAGGGCGUGAUCUACGACGCGAAGAUCCUCCCCACGCCCGCGUCCAUCGUCGUCCUUGCGGUGAAUCAAACGGAAGCGAAGGUGGAGUGCAUCGCGAACGAUUACGUGCAACUGCGCAGAGACGUCACCGCGAACAACGUGGGAGGGACGUUAGAAGGGUACCUCGGCGUGGACAGUGACGACGACGAUCAGCACGAGAGAGGACGCGCCGCGGCCGGGAACAUGGCCGCGGCGGCGGUCAGGGGGAUGGACGACGUCUCCGACGACGACGAGUUCGGCGGCGGCGGCGGCGGGAAAAAGAGGAAAGGCGCGCCCGCGGCGCAAAAGCUCGGCGCGGACGGGAAGAAGAAGAAAACCGCGGGCGGGGGCGCGGGGAGGAAGCCGGCGAAGAAGGCGAAGAAGGCGAAGGCGAAAGGGGGGAGGGGGAAAAAGAAGUAGGUUAUCGAUCGACGAUUCGUGUUGCUCCGCGUUGACGUAGGCUGGCCGGCGGUCCCGAGAGAGGAAGUCUUUGGAAGAAAUAAAACGCUUUCUCGCUGACUUGGCGAAUUUACU